GUGCAUUAAAUUGUUUACACUUAAGGCGCCACAUCGAUACCAGCAUUCAGGUCCUCGGCCGUGAGGAGCGCGGCAUUAAAGGCACAGUGGGGGAAAGUACGCGCACUUCCGCUUUCACAGCGCAGCUGUGAGUUUAAGAGGCGCUGAGGCGAUGCCAAACCCUCAGAUCUGCUUUCCGUUCGGCGCCGGCCGGAUCUCCGCUGCACACAGUGCGCAAUGUAUGCAAAUCGUCACCACGGGGGACUAGUUCGUCGGCGGUGCGGACCCGGGCGCUAGCAUCCGGCGUAUGGAUUCGAACCCUCGCGUCUCUCUAUGCGGCACACGGCGGACAGAACUUUUAACGCAGGGCAAACAGCAGGCGACCGGGGGACAUCUUACGGCGCGCGAUCGUAUUACGCGAAGUGCCGCCCGGCGAGGAGCGGCAUGGGGAACCAGAUGGACAAGCUGUCGCAUUUAAGUUACGCAGAAGUUCCCACGGUGGACCCGAACGGCGUGGACGCGGAGGACGGUCCGCGGCUCGGCGUCUCUUACAUAUUUUCCAACGACGACGACGACCUGGAGGACGGCUGCGCGAUCGACGGCACGGCGAAGGACCCGAAUCAGGAAGAGAAGCGAUACAACCAGCGCGACGAGGUGGAGUGCGCCGUGUACAACAGGGACGAGUGCAUCUACGAGAGGAGCGCCCAGUGCGCCAACCCGGAGGUCUACUCCCCCGAGAACCUGCUGAACAAGUGCAAACCAGGGGACCUGGUGGAGUUCGUGGCCACCGCUCAGUUCCCGCACUGGGCCGUGUACGUGGGGGACUUUCAGGUGGUGCACCUCCACAGGGCCGAGGUGAAAAACAGCUUUCUGACGGACGCCAGCCAAGGGCGCAGGUGUAGGAUCGUGAACGACCUGUACAGACUGAAAGCUCUCGGCCCGGACAUGGUGGUGCAGAACGCGAUGGAGCAAGUGGGCUUGAAGGACCGGGGGCUGAGCUGGAGGAACUCCGAGUGCUUCGCCGCCUGGUGCCGCUUCGGCAAGAGGGAGUUCAAAACGGGAGGGGAGAUCCGCAUCGGCAAACAGCCCUACAGGUUGAAAAUAGUCCUGUCCGACAAGCAGUCGCACGUGUUGGAGUUUCAGAGUUUGGAGGACGUGAUCAUGGAGAAGAGGAGGAACGAUCACCUGGGCAGGGCGGCCGUGUUGCAGGAGCUGGCCACUCACUUCAGCAGCAGCAGCGUGGAGGAGAUCCAGAAGUGACUAAUGAGGAGAGUGGGGCGGGGCGGUAUCCUCCUCCUCCUCCCCCUCCUCCCUUUGUGAUGACUUUCAUAACAACAUGCUUUACAAGUAGAGUAGCCUUUGGUACACAUGAGCUGUUGCACCGUGCUUUGAUCUAUAGCAAGCCUUUCACAUUAGUUGGAGCACACGUGUCAUCAUUUAUCCGAAAUUGUCGUUUUAUAUGUUUUCAUAUACGAAUGAAACUAUUUUAAUGCCUUAAAGCCACAAUCAUCGACGUCCUGAGAUGCUUAGUGGCCUUAGAAAUUUCAAUUAUGUGGGGUCAAUUGAAUGAAUCAAAUUAGUCGGAAUAGCUCUGACAGCCCGUCCCCGUGGAAUGUGUAGUUAAAAAUAAAGCUUUACAUAUGGACCUGUCACUAUCCUGUAAGUAGAGCGGAUGUUUCUCUAUGGAUAGUGAACUCUGUUACUUGAUCCUUGUGUGUUUUAGUUUCAGCUCACUCAGACAGAAAUGUGUCAGAACUGCUCGCUGAAUUCAAGAGGGAUUCCUUCUGCCUUUUUUAAAAUCCUCCCCCCAGCACAUUGUGUAUGGAAUGUCAUGGAGCUGGUCAUCUGUUACACUGAUCACAGUAUGUCUUAACUGUACCCAAAGUUCAAGUAAACCAUGACCUCCUUAUCAAAAGGACUCCUCGU